UUAUGGAAACUCUGGCAGCUGUGGGGUGGCACUCCAGCGAAGGACUUAUUCUGGUUUGUUUCUCUGAGAAUUAGACAUCUGGCUCUUUUGAUAUACCAGAGAAGAACGUGGUCUGUGGCUUUCUGAUAAACCGUGUCGCUGAGUCAUGGCUGGGAAGUCUUUAUGGAGAUCCCCCUCUCGUUUGUAGCAGGUUGCUCUGCACACCUCGCCACAACUUCUGACUUAGCCUCCUGAAAGAAAACAGGAAAAGCAAAGCCGCUUCCAACCAAGGGGCUUUCAGCCAUGCAGGACCACCGUCUCUCCUAGAGAGGCCUUGCCCUGAAAAAUUAUCCACCGGCGGGCACUGGUGGUGAAGGCUGGUUGCAAACAGACUGUGGUGGAAGAAAGUUCUCAGCAACAGCUGGUGGCCAGCUAAAGACAGGAUGGCAAGUUGGCUUCGGAAUCCCCUAAAGGAACCAGAGAUUGAGCUGUUUGUCAAGGCCGGCUUGGAUGGGGAGAAUAUUGGAAACUGCCCCUUCUGUCAAAGCCUCUUUAUGGUGUUAUGGCUCAAAGGUGUCAGAUUUAAUGUCACAACUGUGGAUAUGACGAGGAAACCUGAUGAGCUGAAGAAUUUGGCCCCAGGCAUCAACCCUCCAUUCUUAGUGCUCAACAAGGAGCUGAAAACAGAUUUUCUGAAGAUUGAGGACUUUCUGGAGCAGGCACUUCUGCCGCCUAAGUACUCACAGCUCGCUCCCCAGAACAAGGAGUCCAUGGAUGUGGGCAGGAACAUUUUUGCCAAGUUCUCUGCAUACAUCAAGAACCCCCACAAAGAAGCAAAUAAAAAUUUGGAAAAAGCUUUGUUGAAGGAGUUCCAACGUUUGGAUGAUUACUUAAGAACCCCCCUGCCAGAAGAAAUUGACCAAAACUGUGCCGAAGACAUCCUGGUUUCCCAGAGGAAGUUCUUGGAUGGAAACUGGAUGACAUUAGCGGACUGCAAUCUGCUCCCAAAAAUCAACAUCAUCAAGAUUGCUGCGAAGAAAUAUCGCAACUUUGAGAUCCCCUUGGAGAUGACUGCACUUUGGCGCUAUCUCGACAAUGCUUAUGCUCGGAAUGAGUUCAGCCACACGUGCCCAGCUGAUGAGGAGAUCGAGCGCACCUAUGCCAGCGUGGCGAAGAAGAUGAGCUAAAGACCAGGUUCUGGAAGUUGGUGCCUGCAAAUGUCUGCCAGGGAGUUGGCUGUGCAGUUCGGACCCCAGGCUGGACACUCGUAACAUACUAGUCCUUAAAAAAAAAUCCUUUGUAUUUUUAGGGGGGAGAAUCAUUCUACUCAGCUUCUUCUGUCAAAUCUUUUGUCCAUGAUUUGACUGUCUAUGUGGAAUUCUUCUCUUGGUAUUUCUUCCCCUCCAUGCACCCCUUUUCAUGGAGCAAAAGUAGCGAAAUCUGAUCCUCCAGCAUGGUUAGUCCUGGGCUCUGUUUUCACCCAGCAACACACAGGAGAUUCCAGGGCCACAAGGCACUUCUUCAACACUUCCAGUUAUAAGAAAUAUUGACAAUAGA